AGUACAGAAUCCAUAAAAUGGGUCAUUAAGGGUCAAUGUUUCUCUCUUUACACUUUUACUAGGUCGAGUUUUGGGUUCUUGUGGAGAAAGGUGAAGGACCCACAUGCAAAACAACCUCCAAAAUGAUAGAAAAUGCGGAGUACCCAAAUGGUUUUGAUGCCAUUUGUUUUGGGUUUUUCAAGAUUAUUCCCUGGAUUAAAAGCAACGAAUGGAGUGGUAAGGAAUAUCUUUUGUGACGGUAAAUGUUCAUGGUGGCAACCCUUUUAAGUAUAUCGGGACCUUCAUUUGAUCUGGGUAUCCUCUGCUUCUUCCAGUUUUGAGAUUCUCCAUCUGUUUAAGGAAAUAUUUUGUCGGAGCAUGAGCCAAAAGCAUCUCGCAUUAUGGGUUGGCUAAACAAAAUUUUCAAAGGCUCCAGCCAUAAAAUCUCAGAAGGACAAUAUCUUGGCAGAUAUGGAGAUGACGGGGUUUGGAAGGAACCUUCUAGUUCAGUGGAUGCAUUUUCGGAUUAUGAGAAUGAAGACAUGGAUCAUGCCAUUGCACUUUCCCUUUCAGAAGAGGAGCAAAAGGGAAAAAAUGUGAUUGAUAGUGGAUCUCAUUUGGAGGAAGACGAACAGCUGGCUAGAGCACUGCAAGAAAGUUUGAACGUGGAAUCUCCUCCACGUUAUGAAAAUGGAAAUAUGUUUCAGCCUAUACCCUUCCCCUUUUCAACAGGGUUCAGGAUUUGUGCUGGUUGCAACACAGAGAUUGGCCAUGGACGGUAUUUGAGCUGCAUGGGUGCAGUUUGGCACCCAGAAUGCUUCCGUUGUCAUGCUUGCAAUCUACCCAUUUCGGAUUAUGAGUUCUCAAUGUCUGAUAAUCACCCUUAUCACAAAUCCUGCUACAAGGAGCACUACCAUCCAAAAUGUGAUGUUUGUAAGCACUUUAUUCCUACAAAUCCUAUGGGUCUUAUUGAAUAUAGGGCACAUCCUUUCUGGAAACAAAAGUAUUGCCCCUCACAUGAGUAUGAUGGGACUCCACGUUGCUGUAGUUGUGAAAGGAUGGAGCCAAGAGACACAAGAUAUGUCACCCUAGAUGAUGGUCGGAAGCUCUGCCUGGAGUGCCUGGAUUCAUCUAUCAUGGAUACUAGUGAAUGCCAACCCCUCUACAUUGACAUACAAGAGUUUUACGAAGGAUUGAAUAUGAAAGUAGAGCAGCAAGUUCCAUUACUGCUGGUUGAGAGGCAGGCACUAAAUGAGGCCAUGGAGGGAGAAAAGAACGGCCAUCAUCAUUUUCCCGAAACUAGAGGGCUCUGCCUGUCAGAGGAACAAACUGUCAGCACUAUUUCGAGGAGGCCAAGAUUUGGGGUAGGAAACCGCAUCAUUGACAUGAUAACAGAGCCAUAUAGACUGACCCGCCGAUGCGAAGUGACGGCAAUUCUUAUUUUGUAUGGCCUUCCAAGAUUGCUGACUGGGUCAAUCCUGGCUCAUGAGAUGAUGCAUGCAUGGCUAAGGCUCAAUGGUUACCGUACUCUUAGUCCAGAUGUGGAAGAGGGUAUCUGCCAGGUACUAGCUCACAUGUGGCUAGACUCAGAGGUCAUUUCAGGUUCUGGUAGUAAUGUGGCUUCAACAUCCUCAUCUUCAUCCUCAUCAUCAUCUUCUGCCUCUAUGUCGUCAAAGAAAGGCACACGGUCUCAGUUCGAGAGGAGGCUUGGGGAGUUUUUUAAAAACCAAAUUGAAUCAGAUGCCUCAUCGGCAUAUGGGGAUGGAUUCAGAGCCGGUAAUAAGGCAGUGUUCAAUUACGGCCUGCGGAGGACCCUUGACCAUAUACAGCUGACAGGUAGUUUUCCAUAGUAAAGUGUUGAUUUGUGAUAUGGCCAUUCUUUUCCCUUCCUUUUGAUGGGGAAGAAGCUUGCCCCUAUCAUAUUAGAACUUAGAGAUGAUGCAUGUCAGAAUAGAACAUAUCUCGUUAGAUUAGAA